GAACGUGCUGCCGACGUCAGAGAUAGUAUCGCUGAGCAUUCAGCGGCGCAAAUGAACAACAAAGAAUGUAUUUCUAAUACUUUCCAGCACCUUCCUAACGCCAUCAACUCUGGGCCGAACUCUUUGCAGAACAAUUGCAACAGCAUAUUAGUUUCACAGAGCAAUGUCGUCAAAAGUCCUCAGAGGCAAAGAGCCAACACUCCAGCACCAACAGUGACGUCACCAGCUGAAGAGAGACGAAUGUAUUCACCUGUAACGUUUCAAGAUGUCGCACGUAGAAGUAUAGCAAAUUCACCCAACAGAACAGAAAAGGAAAAGGGACUGUUUGAAGACUCUAGAUCAAAUUCAACAAGUUUUGGUGUGAUUUGGACUGAUGCAGAAUCUGUAGACCAACCAAAAACUACUGACAGCCUUGAUUCAACUUAUUGUUACAGUGCAACAUCACCAUUCAGAGUGGGAACAGCGCCUCCAUCGAAAGAGCGACAACAAGACAGUUUCGUCGAAAAAGUAUGCCUGGCUCGUAUGUCACCGGCUCACUCCGCGCCGCCAUUGGUCGACGAAUCUUGUACCACGCUACGAUCUGACACCGCUUCAACUAAUCCACAUCAGUGUGGCGAAGAACAAGAGACGGAUGUGGAAUAUGAAGAUGGCCAAAUAAAUAUUAUAAAACAGCCACACGUAUGUACCAUAUCAGACACUGUCGACAAUGCACAAAUAAAGCAGGGUAAAGUUGGACGUUUUAAAGCAAAAAUAGCACCCGGCAACCAGAAAUCUUGUCAGAAACAACCUCAAAAAGAUUCUGUCAAGGAAAAGUGUCAGUCGGUACAAAGCAACGUUCAGCCCCAUGGGCAUCAUCAUACGAAAAACGUGAAUCACCACCAGUGUUGUGGCGCGUUUGGUAAUCCCCAUGUUAGACAUAAAUCCAGCAAUUCCAGUUGCAGUCUCGUUUAAAUAC